CUCUGAACAAGGUCGUUUUUACCCCACACACUUCUCCACAGAGGUCCUGUCAGGAGCGCGCCAGCAUGACCCUGACCAGACAACGCUGACGCUGACAGUCCAGACCACCGAAGUACCAAGGUGCCAUAUGCUGUACUCACAUUAACGAAAGGGCCAUGCAUGGUUCUGGGAGGGAGAAAAGUGUUUUCAGGUGAGAGGCAAGGAAGAGGAGUCGGAGGGGCCUCCAUCUGUAGCAGAAGGGAAACUCCCAGCCAAAGGGAAGGAGACUGCGAUGAAAUACUAAAGACAAAGUCUUGCUCAGCUGAGGGCAGGCAGCAAAUUGUCCUUUGACUACCUCUCUGUUUCUCUUCCAUGGUGACCCUGUGUUCGAAUCACAGUUUCACUUAAACCAAUUCCAGUUCCGUUCUUGCAUCUGAAGGGUUCCCCGGCUUAAUGACAAAGGACAAUCGUAGCACGGUGACCAAUUUCCUUCUCUUAGGACUGUCUGACGAUCCCCAAUUCCAGCCACUCCUCUUCCUGGUCUUUUUAGUGAUUUAUCUCACCACCUUCGUAGGGAACAUGACGAUCAUGGCAGUGAUAAAGGCUGACUCCCAACUUCACACACCCAUGUACUUCUUCCUGUCCCAGCUGUCCUUUGUCGACAUCUGCUAUUCUUCUGUCACCGUCCCUAAAAUGCUUGAGAAUUUCCUAGCGGAGCAGAAGAAAAUCUCUUUCCAUGGCUGCAUUGCUCAGAUAUUCUUUUUCACUCUGUUUGUUGGCGUUGAGAUCUUCACACUCUCGGCCAUGGCUUAUGACCGAUACGCAGCCAUUUGUGACCCAUUGCAUUACAUGGGGAUAAUGAACAAAUGUUUCUGUGUCCAGGUGGUGUUCAGCACGUGGGCUUUGGGUUUCUUCCAUGCCCUGAUAAACACACUUCCUGUGCUGAACCUGCAUUUCUGUGGACCCAAUGUAAUCAGCCAUUUCAGUUGUGAGCUCCCUCCCUUACUACAACUCUCCUGCACAGAAGCCACCAUCAAUAAAGUGGUGCUUUUUGCAACUCUAGUAAUAUUUGGCCUGAGCUCUUUCCUCCUCACCCUCAUCUCCUACAUGCAUAUCAUCUCCACCGUGCUAAAGAUACGCUCUGCGGGGGGCAGGCAGAAAGCCUUCUCCACCUGCAGCUCCCACCUCAUUGUGGUGGGGUUAUUGUACCUGACAGGCUUCUUUCUGUACAUGAAGCCAAACACAGAUUCUCCGUCAAUGCCAGACAGACUCAUCUCCAUCCAGUACAGCAUCUUGACCCCCAUGUUAAACCCUAUCAUCUACAGCCUGAAGAACAAAGAAGUGAAAACGGCGCUGGGGAAAAUGCUCCAAAAAUUCAAGUUCCUCAAGUAA